UCCCUUGUAUAUAGUAGAUAGUUGCAUUAACAAAAGAAUUGAGUGACAACACACAAGAAUUUGGUGAAUAACACUGGUCCUCUAGUACAGCUGGAUUAUGUCUUUUUCUGGGGUAAAGUUUCACAUGACAAUUUUCUUUUCCUUCAGCUGAAAAUGCUAUCUUCAUCUCCUGAACUACUGCUUAUGUUUCUUGGUAUGUAUAGAAAAUUAACAGUUUGCAGUUGGACGAAAAGUACAACAACAAGAAGUUGGGAUCGGCUAUAUGAAUCUUCACUAACCAUGUUACUCCAUUUAAACUCAUCUUGUUGGAAGAAAAGUAUAACAGGGAGAUUGCUGGAGUCGAAAUUCAUGCGAUUAAUUGUUUGAUUUUUCAAUUCUGAUAGAGACAUGGAACCUUUGAAUCAGAGGUCUCUUGAAAGAGUUGUUUCACAGAGGGCUAUGCAAAUAGGAAGUUCAUUUCCUUGCCAAAUUUGUGUGGUUGGCUUUCUCUCUGGUGUUUGCCUCACCUCUUUAUUUCUUGCUUCAUUUGGUGCCUUUCAGUUUGGUCCCCUUUCACUUUCAGCCUUUUCAUCUGGAAUUUCAACAUCCAAUUCCUCUUCAAUAAGUGGAGACUGCAAGAAUUUAGAAAGGCGGUUCUUUCCCCAAGAAAAGCUUGCAGUGGGGGUAGAUGAGAGGGUGUCAUUACUGUACUCAUCUUGGGGUAAUUUAGUGACUCAAUCAGCAAAUGAUGUGGGUAAAUCCAAUUUACCAAAAGCACCUCAUUUGGAGGACUGCAAGCUGAGUGCAGAAACAAAUAAACGACUUGAUACCCGAGUUCGAAAUGACAGCUUCCCUUCAUGGACUAUAUGGAAGGGACAACUAGAUAACUUCAUGUGGACAGCAGAAGAUGAGGAGUUGAAGUAUUAUAGACAUCAAACAGUAUCUGAAGGAGCUUAUCCUCCCUGGAUCAAGGGCUCAGAUGAAGAGAACUACCCGUUAACGAGGAAGGUGCAACGUGAUAUAUGGCUCCAUCAGCAUCCUAUGAACUGCAGUGAUAGAAAUGUGAAAUUUCUGAUAGCUGACUGGGAGAGAAUACCUGGGUUUGGUUUUGGUGCCCAGAUAGCUGGAAUGUGUGGUCUUCUUGCAAUAGCAAUCAAUGAGAAAAGGGUUCUUGUUACCAGCUAUUAUAACCGUGCUGACCACAAUGGUUGUAAAGUGUUAAAGACUAUGGAGUUCCUUCCUGAAUGCAUUUUGAAGUUGAGACAUGAUACUGAUAAAACAUCUUCGGAAUGCAGAGAUCAUGCUUUCGAGCUUAUGAAUCAAAAAGAAGCAUGGGAAAAAGGGAUCAUAACCAUAAAAGAAAACUAUACUUCUAAGCAGAUUUGGUCUGGACACACUCCAAGGUCAUGGGGAAAACCUUGGAGUUAUUUGCAGCCAACAACAGAUAUAAAUGGAAGUCUAAUUUCUCAUCAUCGCAAAAUGGAUAGGAGGUGGUGGCGAGCUCAGGCAGUUCGCUACCUAAUGCGGUUUCAGACUGAGUACACAUGCGACUUACUAAACCAUGCACGACAUGCAGCAUUUGGCUGGGAAGCAGCGAGAAUGGUUCUUGAAAGUCAACAUAGACAUUUUUCCGAGGUGGCCAAACAUGACAUUGAAAAUUUUGUAUGGUCAAGUCAUAAACCUUGGAGUCCAAGGCCAAUGCUGAGCAUGCAUGUCCGAAUGGGUGACAAGGCAUGUGAGAUGAAGGUUGUAGGUUUCAAAGAAUACAUGCAUCUUGCUGAGCGCAUAAGAAAGCACUUCCCUCAUCUUAAGAGCAUCUGGCUUUCAACGGAAAUGCAGGAAGUCGUAGAUCAAUCAAGACUGUACCCCCAUUGGAAUUUUUACUACACAAAUGUGACGCGCCAAAUGGGUAACAUGACAAUGGCAACUUAUGAAGCCAGUCUUGGCAGGGAGACGAGCACAAAUUAUCCUCUUGUUAAUUUUUUGUUGGCAACUGAAGCUGAUUUCUUCAUUGGAGCAUUGGGCUCCACAUGGUGUUUCCUCAUAGACGGUAUGAGGAAUACCGGAGGGAAAGUCAUGUCUGGAUACUUGAGUGUUAACAAGGAUCGAUUUUGGUAGCUACACAACGGAGCUUCUAACUCCAUCUAUGGGUUCAAUCUGUUUAUUCUGGAGACCAUCUCGGAUAAACCUUGAAACAGCACCGCGUUUACCCCUAAACCAAAUAAAUUUGGUCGAAAAUGCUCCCUUUUUUUCAUAGUUGAUGUUUGUUUGUAGAUAUAUAGAUGAAGAGCCGAUGCAUAAGAAAAGUACUAGCUGGGUGCUUGGAUGCGACCAGAUUAGUUCUGUGAGCAGACAGGAAGAGCAUCUUACAUGUAAAUUAUUUACUGUAAAAAAAAAAAAAAUGGAAAUUGCAUCACUAUUGUCAGAAUUCUAUGUGACUAAUCACAUCUUCUUGGAUAAUUCUUCUACUUAUUAAUUUCUUAAA